GGAAUACGGAGGCUCGGCCCACGAGCCUUUAUGCGCAUGCUCUUUCUGCUUGCACCGCCCUGGUGGUAGUGAAGGUAGGUCGUCGUCAUGGCUGCUCCUGCAACCACGGCGCGCACUGAGGGAGUCACUGAAAAUCAGGCGGUUCAGUCGGCGACAGGAAGCUUGGUGGAGCUCACCCCGACCCCCGGCGGCUUGGCCCUGGUGAGCCCUUACCACACCCACCGGGCCGGGGACCCCUUAGACCUCGUGGCGCUCGCAGAGCAGGUGCAGAAGGCUGAUGAAUUCAUCCGAGCAAAUGCCACCAAUAAGCUGACAGUCAUAGCUGAGCAAAUCCAACAUUUGCAAGAACAAGCCAGGAAGAUAUUGGAAGAUGCUCGCAGAGAUGCAGACUUGCACCAUGUAGCUUGUAAUAUCGUGAAAAAACCUGGCAACAUUUACUACCUUUAUAAACGAGAGAGUGGUCAGCAGUAUUUUUCCAUCAUUUCUCCAAAGGAAUGGGGGACAAGCUGUCCACAUGACUUCCUUGGGGCUUACAAGCUACAGCAUGACUUGUCCUGGACUCCAUGUGAGGACAUUGAGAAGCAAGAUGCUAAAAUCAGCAUAGUGGACAAGUUGCUACACCAACCAGUGGCCCUGCCUACAUGCACUGAACCCAACUUCCAGGGACUAACUCACUGAGAAUGGACUCUGACUAAUGGCUUUCAGGGCACAGAACUAACUUUGGCCUCCUUGGUGCCCCCAUUCUCUGCCUUGAUGGGAGGUGUCAGAGAGUUGAGGGGAUGUAAGUGAAUCAUGAACUUCUUGGAAGGGGACCCUGUGUGCAUGAAAGUGCUGUCAUUAUUUUACUUGGGAUGGUAAUGAGUUACAUUGCUCUGCUUUGGGAUCCUCUCAGGGCUGCAGAUACUCAACCAGUCAAUUUCCGUGUUUUGGCCACUGUGCUUUCCCUUUCCGUCAGCGCCAUCUGUUCUUCCCACAAGUCAAAACAUUAGCGAAAGAAAAGUUUCUUCUUCCAACAAAAAGGUUGAUGAGUCAUUUUCCAGACAGGACUAUUUUCAGUCUUUUUGUAGCUAGAGGUAUUUAAGAAUUGGGGUUGAGGUUAUUUGACAGUUGCCUAUAAAGUGAUGUGACUCCAGCUUCAGAUUCCUCUGGGAACAAGAAGAUUGGGUCAUGGAGGAUGCAAGUCAGCUUUGCUGGACCAGAGAGUGUGAUUCUGGUAUGCCUGCACUGUUGGUGAGGUUGGCUUGCUCCUGCUCAGCUAGAAUGACUGGAGAAUCUGAGGCUGGGGUUUGGGGUGGGAGUCAACCUCUAAACUCUGAAUUUUAGAGUUGGGAGAGAUGUUAGAGACUGCCACUGACCAUUGUAUGACUCGACUCUAUAGCCUUCCCAAGGGGGAGAUCCAGAGCUCAGCUAUCUGCAGUAAAAGAAGCCCAUUUAAAUGGCAACUGUAAAGUAUCAUGCAAGAAGAAUAUAGGGCAGUGGGAGUAAGAAACAAGAAAAGCAUCUGACCUGUUGAUUAUGAGUUGACCUUGAUUAAAACUCAUUUUGACCCUAAUUGUUCAGGAUCUUAACAGGCUUUUUGGCUGAAUUACCCUGGCUGUGAUUUUUCAGGUUCCUUGGGGGACUCCACCUCAUAUCCUGUUUGUUCAGCAGGAAUUAACAAAAUUUAUAGCAUCCCAACAUGACUGUACUUCCUUCAGUGCUGAAAUGUUACCAGGUGGAAACACCAGGUUCUUGUGAUUUAGGAAAUUAAUAUUAGAAUCAUUUAUUCCUUCUCCUUGAGCAUACAGAAUGUGACCCAGCUGGAGCUGGGCUCACAAGGACUCACAAGGACACAUCAGCUGGGCCCUGAGGUAUAAAGACA